AGUAAACAUCACGACAGGUUCACACUCCUGGACAGUACGAAAACUGUGGAGGAAGAGCUCAGCGAGGAGGAGCUGACCAAUGAGCAGAUGGAAGACAUCAUAUUUCUCAGGAAACCUGCCAUCACAACAUCAAGCUCUCUCAGGCCUAAAGCCCAUUUGACUCGAGAUAAAACCCUUGUUCUGGGUGAGAAAACUGACACAAAAACACAGGCCCAUCUUAAGUAUUCCAGAUCAACGGCAACAAAACAGGGAUUGACAUCGUCACAUCCCAUGUCUGACUUUCAUAAGUCUUCAUCAGAACCUGUGCUGAACUAUAAGCCUAAAAUAAUACCAACUGAACCGCUCAUAACUGAAGCGAGUAAACCAAUGUCCAGAGCAAAGAUCAUUCCAGUUGAACCAAAGAUCAUUCCCACAGAACCGGUUGUGGACCCACCUGACCAAGGGGCAUCAGUGGUGGUUCCACUGCCUACGGCUGAAGUCAGCCUUAAAAAAGCUGAUGCUGUCCCACAAUCUAUACUUAAAAAUAGAACGACGCCUUCAGUCAAAUCAGCCAAACCUUUGUUCACAGAAAAAGUCAAAGAGGAAAUCAUAAUGCCUUUACAUGUUCCACUGGAUGAGGACUUUGGGGAUGUUGAUAUGCGAAUUCCCAAUCAGCAACCUGCUACUCUGCAUCCUGUUUUUUUGUCUGCCAGACAGCCACCAACAUUACACCAUUCUCCACCCGAGCAGCAGCUUUCUCCAAAUUUUGCCUUUGGCUCCUGGCUGACACCUGCUGAGAUCCAAGCAUCAUCAUCGGUUAAGGUUGAAGAGAGCUCACCUGUUUUCAGAACUCCUUCACCCUCAUCGCCUAUUUCUCCACCAUCUGAAUCGCCUCCAUCACCUGUAGACUCGCCCAUCUCUCCUCCCCUGGAUUCUCCAGCGUCCCCGCCACCAGUAUUGGACACUGAAUCUCCAGCCUCGCCGCCACAGUCGGUUUAUGCCAAAAGCUUCAGGUCGUCCCCCAUCGCCAUUCCCACCUCUCGUAUUUACCAGAAUGCAUCCCCUGAAGUGAGCCAUGUCCACUGCAGCCUGUACAAAACAAGGGCUGUAGAAGAACUUGACAACAGCCAAGUCUGUAGGUCCUCUAGGACCAGGACAAGGUCUAGAGAAGGGAUAGACAAUGCUGAUGACAUGAAAGAUUUCCUCAACUCUGGGUUUGACUCUGAUUUAGACAGUUCUUAUGAAGAUGAAAGGUAGUGUCUUGAAUCUUUUACAGCAGUAUAACAAUGGUAGCAAUGGAU